UCUGGGUUGUCCGGAAUUAUAAAUCUUGCAGAGGAAAUGAAGAAGGAUUACAAGUUGACUCAGAUGUAUAUGCCUUUCUAUGCAGCUUGCAUAUCAGCUGCUUUAGGGUUCCUGUUCUUUUUCUUGUCGUUUUCCAGUCCUUAUUGGUUGCAGUCGUAUGAUCGUGUACAUAGUUCUUUUCUCCACAUGGGGAUAUGGUCUGUAUGUUUUGACAAAUUUGUGCAUCCACAAGAUUACCACGCUAAUGUGUUGACCGGGUGCUUUUGGGUAUAUGAUCGUUUUUUCUUCAAGAUUGGCAUAUGGCAGUGGCUAAAUCCAUACUGGUUGAUUGGUGUCCAAGUUUUAAUAACUAUAGCAUUUACGGCAAAAUGUUGCGUCAUUUUAAUCCUGGUCUUGUACCACUUGUUGUUUGGUCAUCCAGCUGCUGAAUCAACUAUGGCUCUUGUUGGUGAGAUAUUUAUAGGGAUUCUUUUGACAAUAUGUAUUUUAGUAUUUGGUAUUAGCUCACAGAGUAGAAUAUGGAUGCCAAGACCUGAUCAAUAUUUUCUAUCAUGGUCAUUUGGUUUUAUUAUAUUAGCAGCUAUUUGUUCGUUUAUUUCAUCUGGUUUCUUGUAUUGUAUAAGUUAUACAGAUCGAGCAGCUCAAGAAGAAGUUGAAAAAUUCGAAGCUGUUGAAACAAAUUAUGGUAUGCCAAGUGUUCUUUCCGGUCGAAUAGGCAGUGGUGGUUUAUAUAGUGGAGGAUUAAGUGGUAUUGGGGGUGCAGGCGGUGUUGUAGUUAAAGUUCCAUCAACUGGAGCUCGUCCUGAACAAGUGAUUGCAUUAGAUUCAGACUUGCGACCUAUGGAUACAGGACAUGAAAGUAUGAGUUUAUUUUCACCUAGUAUUGGAAUGAUAUCUAAUAAUCCAUAUCAUUAUAAAGGAAUAGAAAAACAAUCCAUUCCAUUCAAUAAUCAACUUCAUAAUGAAUCUAAUUCACAAACAAUUUCAUUCAUUGAAAGUGAACAACAUAGUCAAGAAACACCAUUAUAUGUAAAUCAUCCAACAACAAAAUAUAACAAACAUGGUAUAAUACAACCAUCAAAUUAUUCAUCAUCAUCACCAUCAUCAUCUAAUAUGAAAUCUUAUUCACCGUUAGGUGGAAAUGAAGAUGUAGAAGAUCUUAGUAUAUUAUCUGAGAAUCCUUAUGAUAGACGAAAUACAAUUAUUCAACGUGAUAAUAAUGAUUAUAAGCAUCAUGAGACAUCAUCACCUUCUCCUCUUAGACAUUCAUUACCAACAUCUCAAAGAGGUUAUCAUCAUAACACUACACGUUAUUCUCAUUAUUGAUUAGUGAUAUUGAUUGAUUGUUUGUUUGUUUAUUUAUAUAAAAUACAUUCAUAUCAAUAGUUUUUUUUCCCCAGAAUUUUAAAGGAACAUAGUGGUUAGUCCUAUGUUAAACCCAUAUAAGUGAUUCUAGUUUCUGGAUAGACCAAUCUAUUCCUUCUUCUUGAAUCAUAUUUUGACUUUGGUAAUGAUUUGCUUCUCCUUGUUUUGCCUUACUUCACUUCUCCUCGUUUAAUCUUUGCCUUACAUCGAUUCGAUUCAAAUAUAAAUAUUGAGCAACGCUUAAUUAAAGAGAGUUAGUUAACAUGCCUUCUUUAAACUAGAUGGUUUGGUCGUGGAGCUUUCAUUGUUCUUCUUAAUGACAUUAUCAUUACAAACGUCAAAAUCAUCCAUUUGAGCUGCAAAACUUCUUCACUAUGCCUUCUCUAAUCUGUUUUGCUUCGAUCUAUCCUCUUCUCUUACUUCACUCAUCUGUUCUGAUCAACAAUUUUACAAAAUAUACAAUAUUCAAUACUUCAUUCUUGUAUUUGAAUGAUUUGAUUCCGUUAUUUAAUAACGCAAAUUAAGUCGAUAACGAUAAUCACAUAAUCCAAUUGGAGUCAGGCAUUCGAGGGCCACUAAAUUACUUUAUUAAUAGCCCCAAAACGGAAUGAUACAUAGUGGAGAAGGUAAUGUUAGCUUUCUGUCUUUAAUUAAGCAUUACUCAAUAUUUAUAGUCAAAUCGAAUCAAGGCAUGGAAAAGGCUAAACAAGGAAAAGUGAAGUAAGGCAAAGCAAGAGGGGAAGUAAAUCAUUCAUGACGAAGGAAUAAAUUGGUCUAUUCAGAAACUAGAAUAACCUAUAUGGGCUCAAUAUAGGGUUAACCACUACAAUAUAUACAUAUAUUUCAUCUCAUAUAUAUAUUACAUAAGUUUAGUUUAGCAAUAAAUUAAUUUCUAUUAUAGGAUGAAGUUCAUUUUGAUGGUAAACUUAAUCAUUCAGUAGCUAAUGCCAUUUAAGUAGAAUAGGACUAAUGAAUAUCAAAUUGUAAUUUAGUGAUGUGAAUGUAAAACAUUCCCUAUGAGACUUGAAAGUUCUAGUGGGUAUAACUAUUUGAUAGGGUCGUAGAUAUAUACUAUCGAGAAGUCUUAUACUACUAGUUUAAUUAGGAUCAUUUCGCAAUAUAAAAU